AAAUUUGAGAGAAAUGCGUUUCUUGUGCAUAUGGAACAUUUCUGGGAUAUUUUAUUUUAACUCAUGAAACAUGGGACCAAAACUUAAUGUUGGGUUUAUAUUUUUGUUCAGUAAUACUUCCAGGGACACUUUAAUCUAAAUGACCUUCAACAUUGCUUUUAAGGCAGAAAAUUCAAAUUUUGCCCCCCGUUUGACUGAACAUAAUAACCCUUUCCCGUCUGUGGUGACAAAGAGUUGGAGCAACCAUAGCAAAGCAUGCAGCUGACUCAUGUGUUUAAUACAAUGGAACCAGAGAUUCGUUGGGUGUCACAUCAGGUAUAAAACAAGCUGCAGACUAGCACAGCUGUAGCAUUGCUCAAAAUAACCGUAAACAUGCACGGAAAGAUCAUCUUCUUCGAGGACAAGAACUUCCAGGGUCGUUCCUAUGAGACCAGUCAGGACUGCCCUGACAUGUCCUCCCAUCUGAACAGGUGCCACUCCUGCAGGGUUGAGAGUGGCUGCUUCAUGGUCUACGAUCGCCCCAACUUCAUGGGAAACCAGUACUUCAUGAGGAGGGGCGAGUACUCUGACUACCAGCGUAUGAUGGGAAUGAACGACUGCAUCAGGUCCAGCCGUAACGUCCCCAUGCACAGAGGAAACUACAAGAUGAGGAUCUACGAGAAGGAGAACUUCGGAGGUCAGAUGCACGAGAUGAUGGACGACUGUGACUCCAUCCAGGAGCGUUACCGCAUGUCCGACUGCCAGUCCUGCAACGUGAUGGACGGCCACUGGCUGAUGUAUGAGCAGCCCCACUACAAAGGCAGACAGAUGUACAUGAGGCCUGGAGAGCACAGAAAUCUCAGGGAGAUGCAGGGACACAAUGGAAUGAAGUUCAGUUCCAUCAGAAGGAUCACCGACUCCUGUUAAAUUCACAGGACCACUUGUUCAAUGAAACAGUUGAUUUUAUAAUAAAAAUGUGUUUUUCUUAUUUAAUAUCAAGUA